GUUUAAACAAUCCCUAAGCCGAGAUUCGAGUUUCCCCGUUCGUGUCGCGCAACACCCCUGUAAUCCAAACGUGGUACUUGUUUUUGUGAACGUUGUCCGUUUUUCUUUGCCCUCGAAAAGGAACUUCUUCUUCUUGGUCUUCUGCGGCUGCUUUUGUACACUAACAGAAGCACUGGAGAUAUCACACAAGGAAGAUUCUUUUUUUUUUAAAGGAAAGCAACAGGAAGAGCAACUCUACUACUCUGCCACUCACACAUACAUAUCCGCACAGGUGCGUAGCGUUUCUGAUCGUUGUAUCUUCGACGUUUACCGAACAAGCCAAACCGAAAAAUAACAAUGUCCGCCAAGAACAAGGAAACGAGCUCGUCGCACGAGCCUGCGAACGAGCCAGUGAACGAGGAACCGCACACCGAAAGCGAGAACGGCGAGGAGCCGGCGAAGAAGAACAAGUACGACCGUGGCGGCAAACAUCCCGUGGUGGGUCUGAUCAUCUACUGCGUCCUGCAGUUCGUCGCCUUGCUUUUUGUCGUUAUUGCGACCCCGAUUGCUAUGUUCAAGAUGAACAACGAGUGGCGCAACAAGGUGUACCCGCAGCUCGCCUCGUCGUCAAAGCAGCUUUGCGUGAGCGCCUGGGGCAUGAAGCUUGGCUGCAGCCAGACGGGCUACUACAACCGCGACUUCACCCACACCUUCUGCUACCGCGUGCGUGUGAACUUCAAGGUCGUAGAAGCGUUCUGCAUCAUGACGAUUGGCUUCAUGGUGCUCGGUCUCGCGAUGGGCCUCUUGUCGGUCAUGCAGAAGGUCACCAAGGGUUCCGCUGGCGCCAUCGGCGCCUUCGCGAUGUUGCUGUGCAUCGUCCCGUGGAGUAUCAUUGCUGGCAUGUACUACCAGAAGCCGUGCUGUGAGACGACCGGCUGGAACACCGACAACAAGGUCCGCAACUGCCAGGGCAACAACACGAACAUCGUCAACGAGGACAUCCCCGGCUUCAAGACGAUGGGCAACUACGGCCCUGGCUUCGGCUUGCUGGUGGCCGCCUGGGCACUCCAGGUGGUGGGCAUCGUUUUCGCCUUCGCCCCGUUGUAA